AUCCUCAACGGUUAGUGCAUGAAAAUCAAGAAUUAAUCAAUAAAUUAGAAUCCGAAAAAAUCUCAAAAAGAAAAUUAUUUGACGAGAACGAGAUUUUAAAAGCUGAAAUUGUGAAUUUAAAAAAAAGGCUUGAAAGA